AUGGAGGAUGGAAAACUGUGCGGCAUUUGCUUCACGCAAACAGUAAAUAUCAAGCAGCACCUGCUGCAAAUUCACAAGGUGGCGAACUUGGAGGAGCUACACCUCCUCCAAAAAUAUGGUAGUGCACGGACCACGGCUGUCCUUGACUGUCCGUGCUGCGUGAAGAAGGGUGUGGUCCGCUUAGAUAAGCAUCUGCAGGAUCAACACCAAAAGACCUCCUCUGAUGAGCGUGCUGCCCUCUUGCGAGAGGCAAAGCGCGCAGCAAUUGUGAAGGAGCUGAGGGACCUGAGGCUCUCAGACCCCUCAGUGCCCCUCGUCUCUGAACUGGACAUUGAUCCUGAGCCCCUGGUGGGAGGUGAGGGGAUGGAGGAGGAGGAGGAUCAGGCCAUCGCCGGCCCUUCUCUCUCUGGAGAGACCGGGUCCAUCUCGGGUCAAUUUCGAGGCCCGCAUCCAGAGGCUGGAGGCCUUCUACUAAAGAAGUGCCGGUCCCUCCAGGUUGCCCCGGCUCCCGUGGCCCCCACCUCUGCUCAGAAGGGGGAGCACGUGGACAAGCUGCAAAACGCCGACUUUCUGUAUGAAUCACUGGUGGAGGAUUACAGACAGUUCAGGCUCGGGGCGCGGACCAGGCCAAAGGACCAGGACAAUGCCAAGCAGUCAGCCAGCCACUCCCUGAGGUUUUGCAGGUACAUGGCCCAGGGAGUGGCGGCUGACUGCCUGACCGGGAGCCUCAGGUUUUUGAACCGGCUGGACCACCUGCGUGGAUACCCGACGUACCUGGCCCAAAAGGGCUACAAGAGUACCACCAUAAAAAAUAUGAUGACCAACAUAAUCAUGUUUUUACGCGAUGUGGGCAAGCGCUUCCCGCGCAAGACCCGCCUGAGGCCCGCUGAAGCCAAAAACAUUGAAUAUGAGCUUCAGCGGAUCCAGCGGGACAUUCAGCGGGAAGUGCUUGUCCACAGGCAGAAGGUCCUUAAGAAGAAGUCAGCCGACCAGCUGGACGCCACGGACAGCGUCAAGUUUUUGGCAAGGGCCAAAACAGCCAUUGGCGAAAUUCUCUGCCGAGAGGAUCCCGAUGAAGUCCAUGGCCUGGGGAUGGGCUAUAUGUUGGCUUACCUGGCCAUCGUGACAGGCCACUGGGCGGUGGUCUUCCACAACACAACAAAGGAGUCGGUACAUAAUGGCGACUCCUGGAAGUCAGGAACCCGCUUCCAAGUGUUGGUGGACGACCACAAAACAAAUAAAACCUUCGGGCAGGCCUCCAUUAUUCUGGAUCGCCAGGAAUAUGACUGGCUCCGCCUUCUGGCCACCGGGGACUUCUGUCCGGAGGAGUGCAGCGGGGCGGAAACGAUAUUUCAUAAUAGAUCUGGAGCCCCGAUCAAACAGGGCUCAGAAAUAAUCAACAGGGCGUGGGCAGCGGCUGGACUGAAGGGCUCAAUUACAUUUAAUAAGAUCCGGAGCAGCGUGGCCACACAGGCCAAUGACCACCUGACCGAGAAGGAGCGGCGGAGGGUGGCCAGGGCCAUGUGCCACGACCCUGCCACGGCCUCAAAGUUUUAUGUUGCCCUCCCCAACGGGGAGAGGCAAUAUCGGGACAGGCUCCUGCGGAUGAAGGCCCUCUGUCUGGCCUCCAACACCAGGCCAGACAGGCAGACCAGGCCAGCAGCUCAGAGUCAGAGGGACCUGAGCCAGUUUAUCAGGACUCGCCCGACUCCUCUGGCUCUGAGCUUGCCAGCCCUGAGCCAGACCCCUCCAGCCCUGAGCCUGAGGUUGAACUAUUGA